GCAAUGUUCACGGAGCUUGCCUGCACUAGAUAGGGAAGGUUCUGAAAAGAUCAGUUAAUCCGGUACGCCCUGGUUCGUAUAUAAGGACAUCAUCUUCGCACUGUCUUGUUAGAAAGAUCCCAAACACAAUCAAAUCAGUCUUUCCUUCCUACAUCAUCCAGAUAUUAUAAGCCAUAGCACUCCAUACCAAAGACACUCUUUUCAUUUCAAACACCAUUCCGCUACCCAUCUCUCAUCCUCGACUUUUUCAUGAGAACCAUAAGUGCGACAAGACCAGAAUGUCAAGCAAAUUACGCCAAAAAUGGCAUACAUUCCUUAACCUCCCCCGCCAAUCCGACAUUACAUGGCACAAAAGUCGUCUCAGCGAAGAGCUUUCCGAGUGGCGCAAGGCAACUACACCCCUGGCCCGACUAAGCGAGACCUCGGACGUCCUAUUCACAAUAUCUCGCGCCGAACAUGAUGGAUUUCCUAUCCCUUUUCGCCCUGCUUGGUCGCGGACGUAUAACGCAUUAGCCAGUACCUAUAUGCUGGGCAAGUUCACAUCGCGAUGGUAUUUCUAUCGCGUGGCUGCGUAUUUCGCCGGAAAGCACGACUGGAGGGGCGUUAGAGAGGUGGUGAAUCCGAGGAAGGGGAUGAAAUUGGAUGAAGUUGCAGACAGACAUGGCAUAGAUAAGGCAAAAUUCGGUAGAGUUGGAAGACUAUUAUUAUGGGCAUUGCCAGUCUUUCCCUGA